AUGAAUGAAUGUGAGAAACAGGCAACAAAGAGUUCUUGGUUUAUACUUUACUAUAUUAUACAACGGUGGCUUUACUCUUUUAUCGUUCGAGAACAGACAGACAUCUAUAAUUACGGAAGCUACGUUAAUAAGGCAGACACGACAGAUAUAUACGAAAACACACAAAGAUCAGUGCAAGGGUUCCUCGAGCGAAAGACAGCCAUCCUCGCUGCUACGCUCAUCACUGCCAUCCGCAGCCUUGCUUUUGCAAAUUCGCUCCCAUCACCCCAUCGACUCCCUCCAGCCUCGUUCUCAUCUCUAAAAGACGACGGGAGACCAGUUGAGAUUCCUCAUCACCUCGCUAUACUUGCACAGCUCGAGCUCCGCCUUGCCAGUGCAUGA